AUGCACGCCAUCACUAUCCAACCCGCUCCCUUCGGCCACCUCGAGCGCGAGAGGCACAUCGACAGGCUGCUGCUGCUGCGGCGGCGGCGGUGCGGGAGGACGCGGGGCACGACGCGGUCGGGCAGGGGGGCAGCAGCAGCCCGCAGCCUGAGCACGACUCGCAUCGCUGAAGAUGACUUCGAGGAGGAAGAGGAGGAGGAGGAAGAGGAGGAUGGUGGUGGCGGUGGCGGUGAAGGGGGAAGUGACAAUGGACGCGGCAGCGAAGGUGGAGAGUUUGAGAGCAGCUUCGGAGGGGGCGAGCGACGAUGCUGGGCUUGUGCGCGUCCCCUCGGUGAUCCCCUCGGUGGCCCCCGCUAUGGCCCCCACGGUGGCCCCCACGGUGGCCCCCUCGGUGGUCCCCUCGGUGGCCUCCACGGUGGUCCCCUCGGUGGCUCCCUCGGUGGUCCCCUCGGUGGCUCCCUCGGUGGCCCCCGCUAUGGCCCCCACUGUGGCCCCCACGGUGGUCCCCACUGUGGUCCCCACUGUGGCCCCCUCGGCGGCUGUCGGGGUGACCCCCCGGUGCACACGAAGCAGCCGGCACCCGGGAGGGGUCCCGCGGCUCCGGGCUCCCUUCUCCGCGGCUCCCCGAACGCGGUGGCCCCGCUGACUCAGCUCCACGAGGAGGCGAUGCGGGUCGCCUGUCCCUACCACCAUCACCACGCAGCAGCAGCUGCACCAGCAGCUGCACCAGCAGCAGCAGCAGCUGCACCAGCAGCAGCAGCUGCACCAGCAGCAGCAUCAGCGGUAGGAAGAGCAGCAGCAUCAGCAGCAGCGCCAACAGCACCACCACCACCACCAGCGUGGACAACAGCUGUACCAGUAGCAACAGCAGCAGCAGCAUCAUCAACAGCAGCAGCAGCAGCACCACCACCACCAGCGUGGACAACAACUGUACCAGCAGCAGCAUCACCAACAGCAUCAGCGGUAGGAAGAGCAACAUCAGCAUCAGCAGCAGCAUCACCAACAGCAUCAGCAGCAGCAUCAUCAGCAGCACCAGCGUGGACAAGAGCUGUACCAGUAGCAGCAGUGCGCUUAGAGAGGGAGAGACAUUUGAAAGAAGCUGUCACUCCACUUCAUCCUCCCGCUGCUGCUGCUCUUCCUGCUGCUGCUCUUCCUGCUGUUGAUUAUUCUGCUGCUGCUGAUGAUGAUGAUGCGCUGUCGUCACCACCCCUGCGCCCCCCGCCGUGGCUGUGGUACCCGGAGCGGUGCCAGGAGCGGUGCCCUUGCGGGGCUGCGCUAGCACCGCCACCACUCCCACUCGGGCCCCUCGCGGAGGCCGAGCGGGUGGUGAUCGUGCGUGACGGCAGCCCGUGCGACUGCAGCUGUGAUCCCAGCUACCACUACCAGGUGAAGGGCAAGAGUGGACAGAUCCUCUACACGGCUUCUGAAGAAUUCUCGUGGUGCUGUCUCCACGUGUGCGGGCCGCUGCGCUCCUCUCUGCUCCGCGUCUCGGAGCCCGGCGGGCGCGAGGUGCUGAGGCUGGAGCGGCCCUUCAGGCCCGAGCCGUGCCCCUGCUGCCCCUGCCCCUCCGCGCUGAGACCAGUGAUGAGGGUCUGCUCACCCGAGGGGCAGCUGCUGGGCACGGCGACGCAGAGGAGGAGCAUGUGUGCGCCUCUGCUGGACGUUGUGGACUCCGAGGGGCGUCUCGUGCUGAGCGCGCGCGGGCCCUGCUGUCCGUGCCGCUGGGUGGACGAGCAGAGCUUCACGGUGACGUCGGGAGCACGCCGCGACGCGGGUGUCAUCUGGAAGCGCUGGAGCGGAGCGGAGGGUCAGUGGAGCGGGCAGCGCGACGCCUUUGGGGUCGUCUUCGAUGCGGGUCUGGACGUGAAGUCGAAAGCCCUCCUGUUAGGAGCCAGCUUCCUCGUGAAUCACCUCUACUUCGAGAUGAGUUGAGGAUGCUGAGCCAGAAGUCGAUGGGGGGUGCGGGGGGGGGGGUGCGCCCCCAGCCCCCCCCCCCCCAAGUGCGGGGCCCGGGGCGGUCUCCCCGAAUCGCCAUACUCGAGGGACCGGCUCCGUCUGGCUCCAAAGCCACCCAACAACGUCCCGGAUUGGCCAGAAACAGUGCAACUUUGGUUUACGGAAAGUCUGUCCCAGGUGUGUGUGUGUGUGUGCGUGUGUGUGUCCUUGUCUCCUCCCCCCCACACCCCUGCACCCCACACCCCACACAACAUUCACAACACAACGGUGGGCUCAUUGUCACGCGUUUGUUUCGCGUGACGAACCUCGCUUGCUGUGUCACGCGUGUGCGGAGGGUUGCACGACACAUUUCCAUUUACGCGAUUCGAACCCCAAAAACACCUUUCCCGUGAAUAAGAUUGGUCGCGAAAGGCGCUGCGUGUCGCGAUUACUGCUCUACUAAUACCACUGCCGCGUUAGUAACGUAGCGUUGCGUAGCGUUACGCAUAGUCCGUCGUAGUUGUUAAGUACCAAUGGAGUUUGAACUCAGACUCGCUCCCGUGUGCGAGGACCCCCAGCCGCCCUCCCUCCCCAAGGGGCUUCACCGCUCUCUCUCUCCACGUUCUCCAGAAUGUCGCUAGGACCAGCAGGGCUGGCGGGGGUGGGGGGGUGGGAGUCCUACGGCUCCAGGAGCCGUACGCGAGUGGCUCUUGUGAGUGUCUGGCACUGCUGCUACGUCUCGUAUUCACAGCGUGACAUUGCUAACUCUUGAUAUCUUGAGGGUUUUUUUCAUGUGUACAUAUAUAUACCGAGUUUCGAAAAUCAAAUGCUCACAUCGUCGUUAUUUUUCUUGCUGAAUUUUGCGCUCGGCUGGAUGACUGGCUCGCAGUACGGAUAAUCCGGCGUAAGGCACUACCACUAGAUGGCAAGGUACCCCAAUCCAUAGUAAUAAUAAUAUUAACCCUAUAUUGUUGUAUUCCUUUAUCAGUGCUAUAAUCCUAAGAGGAGAAGGUGAGUGCCGUUUCGUGAAGAUGAUUAGUCGUGGUUAGGUGGAUGUGACGGCUGAGAUUAAGGAGGGUAAUAGACAUGGUGGCCCGGAUGUAUUGUGCCCCCCCCCCCCCC